AUGGCCUAUAAUUAUAUUAAUGAUUUAGCGCACAUUUUUGCGCUAAACUAUAAGAGGUUUAAAUACAUAGAGCCUGCCACAAUAUCUGAGCCUACGAAUGAGACUACAAAAGAGCCUCCGAAUAGGUCUACGAACGAGUCCGCAAACGAAUCUACCUCACCAAAGCAGUAUAGCGCACGCUUAACCCGAGACGAUCGCAUUCGUGUUCAAACCUUGAGAGAAGCAGGAUUUACCUAUGAACAAAUAGCGAAACAACUCAAUAUUACACAAAAUCAGGUUCAAUAUGCGUGUCAGUCUGGUCAGGUUACUCCUAAAAAGGCACGUGGGGCUGCACCUAAGCUCUCUGAAACUCAAAUGGAUGAGAUCAUUGAAUGGAUAUCUUCAUCCAAGAGGAAUCGUCGCAUGCCAUAUCACAAGGUUGUCAAGGCGCUUAAUCUCAAUGUGACACCAACUACACUUGCCUAUUCCUUGAAGAAAAGAGGUUAUACACGAUGUAAGGCGCUUCGCAAACCUUACCUAAGUCCUGAAAAUCGACGCCAACGGCUUAUAUGGGCUCUAGAACAUGUACAAUGGACAUAUGAACAAUGGAAACAGCUUUUAUGGACGGAUGAAACAUGGGUCACAUCAGGCUCUCAUACUCGCAUUUACGUUACCCGUAAGGCUGGUGAAGAAUUGGAUGAUACCUGUGUUCGUUCAAAAAUCUCACGACGUCGAGGAUGGAUGUUCUGGGGGUCAUUUCAUGGAAACAUGAAAGGACCAUGUCUAUUUUGGGAAAAAGAAUGGAGCUCUAUCAAUGCUGAACGGUACUGUGAACGAACAGUGCCAUUGAUUGACGGAUAUCUUCGGUUAAUGCGACAGGAGGGUUUACAUCUACAGUUGAUGCAGGAUGGGGCCCCAGGGCAUUCAAGUUCUUUUACAAAAGAUGAACUUCAUUCUCGAGGCAUAUAUCCCAUAUUUUGGCCUGCCUUUUCACCUGAUCUCAAUCCAAUUGAGACGAUAUGGGACUGGAUGAAGGAUUGGAUUCAAGAUAGAUAUCCGGACGAUGAAGAAUUAUCCUAUGAUCAGCUCCGAGAAAUAGUUCGGGCUGCAUGGGACGCAGUUUUUGAGAGCUUCCUUAUUCAGCUUAUUGGUAGUAUGCAGGCUCGUUGUCAGGCAGUAAUAGCUGCGAAUGGAGGAAAUAUUCCUUACUAG